GCACAAACGUUCGUUUUUGGCCAUGAUAGACCCUUUAGAGAACAACUUGUUCGAUCUCCCCGACUACGAGAACACAGAAGAUGAAAAGUUUCCGCCCCUCCCACCCCCUGCCUCUCCGGGGGCGGCCGGGGCUGACUGGGCUGAGGCUCGCGGAGAACCAGAUGGAAACCAACAGUCACAGACAAAGGAUUCUUCUGUAGCUACACGGAAAGCAGUUAAAAGAUCAGUACCUAAAUUAGAUGCUCACAGGUUAGUUUCAGAAAGAGGACUUCCUGCCUUAAGACACAUGUUUGACAAUGUAAAGUUCAAGGGUAAGGGGCAUGAGGCAGAGGACUUGAAGACACUUAUACGACAUAUGGAACACUGGGCUCAUAGAUUAUUUCCAAAAUUGCAAUUUGAUGAUUUUAUUGACAAAGUAGAGUCUCUGGGAAGCAAAAAGGAAGUUCAGACCUGCCUAAAACGGAUUAGACUUGAUCUUCCUAUUUUAUCUGAAGACUUCACAAGUAAUGAAGAUGGUGGAGGUGAAAGCAAUGGACUGGAUACAGCCAAUGAAGAAGUAUAUCCGUGCUCUGGGAACGUAGGAGACCUUGAUUCUCUGCCUAGUACAACUCUCACAGAAGAGCAACAACAGCGGAUCAGGAGGAACAGGCAGCUGGCCUUGGAACGUAGGCAGGCAAAGAUGCAGUGCAACAGCCAGUCACAACGCAACGAGUUCUCUCCUAGUUACCCAGAAGAGGAGGAGUUUAAUACCCCCAUUGCUCAGGGACCUGGCUGAUGUCACAGAAGACCCUCAGGUUACUGUGCCCACGGCUGCUGUUACGGAAGCUGAGGACAGAGAUACAGAAUUGGAAUGUGCCAGUGAAAAGCAGAGACCUUUUCCCAGCUCUUGAGUGACUUUAACAGAAGCACCCCACCAGGUUAAGUACUACCAUUUUUAUUGAAAAGCUGCUGGCUCUUCACACUCCAUCUCCAGAAGCGCAGGGAAGCCCUAACUGUGACGCCUGCAUGGUUGGGCAGAACUGUUUUCUUCACACUGCCGAUGAAUUGCUCCGUAUGCUGGCAGACAGGACACCAUUCUUCAUCGUAUCAGCAUGUGGGACUUCUUUUGUUGUUGUUCACUGACAUUGUUUAGGAAAUGUUAGUGAGUUUUCUGGCCUACUCUGACCUUUUCUUACAGUUGAUGUCAAACUGAGAUGUUAAGAGGUUAAGUUUGUAUUCAUGUUUUUAAUGGAAGAUACGUAACAGGAGAGUUAAGUCUGAACAAGCAUCCUGUUUUUAACUCACUUAUCAAGUACCUGUAUCUUGUUCUUACAAAACAGAAGCUAUUAAAUUUCAGAACUCAAACUUGAAAUUCUUGUAUGAGGCUGUUACACUACAGGCAUUCAAAACUUCCCCCUCCCUGGUGCAAGUCAAACAUCCUCAGACAAGUACAUCUUACAGGACCAUAAAUUAGCUAUCUUUCUUCAUCUAAUCCUGUUCUCUAACUUGAAGCUCUGUUUCAUCUUCCUUUUACAAUACCGUUUUUCCCUCUUACACAAUAGCAACAGCCAUAAAAUAACCUCUUCUUUCUGUAGAAUGAACAAGAAACUACUCCAAAGUUACCAGCAUUAUGGUAAAGCUCUGGGACUGUCCUCUGUAGUAGCAUAGGGUAGGCCUGUUCAGAACAAGCUGGAUUUCUAAAAGUUGAACUAAGACACAAACUGAAGUUAGGACACGAACACCCUUUACAGCUGGUGAAACAAGUUCAUGUCAACAGCUGUUAUUUUAUGCCAGCUGGAGAACUGCAAUUAACAAAGGCUCUAGAUUAGCAUGACUGAGUUCCCUGUUUAUAAGCUUGUAGUUAUGAGUUAAACUUGCUAAACUCUGUUGGCGGGGAAUUAACAGCUACAGUAAGUAGGAAGACAUCAGGAAAUAAUUAGGUUUUAAGAACUUAGUUUAUAGAGAACAAGGACAAGUAACUUUUUUUUGAAUGGCAGUUGAAAGAAUUUACCACGCAGUCUUAAAUCUAGAAGAUGAGAUCUAGCAUGUAUAAAGUCUUUUAAAAAGUCACAUGUAUUCCUAAUCAUAAAAAUAAUUCUUAUUUAAAAUAGACAGUUUAUCUUAAAAUCACUCAAAUAUUUAAAUAUUGUUUUUUAAAAAACUUAAUUGUACAAAUUGAAUAUGAGUAGAACCUCAAAAAGCCUGUUGGGUUAUAGUUCAAGUUCUGAUAUCAGCUGAAACAUCCAAUAGAGCCAAGUCCCUGAUCUCCUCCAGCAGCUGGUAUAAGCUUGGUCCCUUUGUCUGGCAGUACUCCCGAUACUCUUCCUCAAUUACUUCAACUCUUGCUUUUUCUUGGGCAUGCUGGGCUUUUUCUGCAGACUGGCUGACUUCUUUUACCAAAUCAGAUUUCACCAUGUUGAAAUUCUUCUGGGAAACCUCCGUGGCUGAAGUCUGGUACGGUGCAUUCCUGAUUAUUUCAAGCUUGAUUGUGUCAGCAUGGCAGCGGGAAGUCUGCACAAGUAUUUUCACCUUAAAAGCAAUUCAACAAUUAUUUUAUUUCUCAUCAUGCUAUUUCCUUUUACUUUCUUCAGAUUAAAUACUCACUGUUAUGUGAUCGAAAA